CACUGAUAUGACCCUGAUAUGACCAUGCAAGACAGUCUAAUAAAUAUCCCAUGCAUCAACCAGAUCGUUGCUUUUUUAUUAAAUCUUGUGGUGUUAUUUUGUUAUCGCAACUUUUUGCUUUUCCAUAAAACUACUAGUAGGAAAGCGUAUUGUUAUACUUUUGUCUCAAGUCAACCAAUUACAGUUUCCCAUUAAUAUAAACUUUAUAAAUACUCAAGAUAUGAAUUGGCCUAGUGAUUGUUAUUCAUGCAUGCGUUACUACAAUCUACCCGAAAGUCUUGAAUUCAUGUCCGGGUUCAUGACAAUGUACAUAUUUUAACGCAACUUGAAAUCAGAUCAAAAUGGGGGCUGUAGGCCUAUGUCUGAUAGCUGCUUUGCUGUUCAAAUACUCGCACGCAUUUUGCAGAAGCCAGUACCUAAAAGCGACAACAACGUUGCAGUUAUUUUCUUACCAGCAUUACUCAAACAACGAGCACUGCAAAAUUCACAUUGAGCCUUCUGACAACCUUAGCAGCAGCCAGUUCUUUUUGGAGAUUACUUGGCUCAAGUUUGACGUCAACGGAAAAUUGCCAGAUUGCAAAGAAGAUUAUGUCGAGGUAUAUCUUACCAGAUCAGGCAACAACAUUGGUAAGUUUUGUUCAAAUAACGCCCUUGACAAACCAUUUGACAUGUAUUCACACGAUGGAACUGCCAAAGUAAACUUCAAAAGCGACAAUUAUACGACCGGAAAUGGAUUCUCUUUCCAAUACAGACUUAGGAAUAAGACAGCAGAUCCCUUGGUUGGAAGCAGCAACAAAUGCAACUACUUUGGUGAUAUGUCUACUGUAUACUUUUCAAACAAAUGGCCAAGUGAAUACUCGGAGGUACAUUAUUGUCGGUUGAGACAAGAAAUGAUUGAACAGCAAAAUCUGAGAAUAUCGAUCAUGGAUAUAGACUUUCAUAGCACCAAAACAUGCCAAGAAUAUAUUGAAGUACGCGAAUCUGAAACAAAGUAUUCCGACUAUUGGAAGAUAAAAAGAUUUACCUCAGGCGUAAGCGGCAAGCUUUGCAGACAAAAGCCACAUCAAUUUUACAUUGCCAAGAGAAAAUAUGUGUACUUCAUGAUUGAAAACCUCAUUGGCAAUUCCAGUCACCGUGGUUACCUUAUUGGAUACAAAAUAUACAAGGUGGAUGAGGAUAAAAUAGACAAUGGUGAAUUAGCUGGGACGAUCUUUUCGAUAUCCUUCUUCGCAUGUGGCUUCUUAAUACAAUUUAUGUUUUUGACAAACUACAUACGCAGCCUUAUAAAACGCAGAAUACUUAAAAAAGAAUCGGCCCAGGAGAAUGCAACUGCGUUUGUUAUCCACAAUUCAACUUCAAAUAAUUCCAAUGUUGCAGAGUCACCCCCGGAAAUGACGUCAACAUCGAAUCCAGCUUAUCCAACACAGCAAGUUCAACAAGCUCCGGUUCCUUCAGCACCAAAUCCAGCACACCAACCAACCUUCCCUUUUCAAGAAAUUUCAGUGCCUUCAGCAUCCUGUCUAGGCUACUACUCAGAACCAUACCAACAAAUGCCUUUCAAUACUUUAGUAAAUCCGAGAUUUUCCCAAGGAGAAAAUAUGAAGCCGGAGCACUCACAAUAUGGUCUAGACAAUUGCGUACAGCCAUACUCUAUUCCCAAUGAACCUCUGAAUAUUUCUACGUUUGAAGCUCCCCCACCAUACAGAGAAUAAAGAAGAACAGUGGCAAUACAUUUCCUGGCAAAAUCGAAUGCUUGUCUAUGGGCCCGGAAAUGGAGAACAAGAAAUUGCAGAACAGAAAAGGGGAGGGAAGGAGAGGGAAGGGGAGGGAAGGGAAGGGAGGUAAUGAUUUUAUACCUUCACGAAGGAUGGUUUUACAGUCGGCGUUGGUGUUUGAACAUGACUCAACUGUUUUCAGUAUUCUGUAGUAGUUGUGGUAGUGUAUUAGGAGCAAAUUACCUGAAAAAUGCUGAUGGAACCUGGGACGGAUUUAUUGGGGAGGGGGGUGACACUUUUUCUUUUAUUCGAUGAAAAUCAAUUUUGGUAGUCAGUAUUAACAAAAUAACGCCAAGAUUUUACUUUAUUCAUCCUCUCAUCUUUAUCCUCAAGUUAAAAGAUGAAUUUUGAAAACGAAUGUGGCACCUAAACCCAAUUAGUGUCUAACACCCCUUCCCAAGCAUUGUUGCUUUGCUUAAAUCAUUCCCUUGAUGGAACUUAUAGGAAUUUGCCUUUGAUGGUUUUACAGUCGGCGUUGGUGUUUGAACAUGACUCAACUGUUUUCAGUAUUCUGUAGUAGUUGUGGUAGUGUAUUAGGAGCAAAUUACCUGAAAAAUGCUGAUGGAACCUGGGACGGAUUUAUUGGGGAGGGGGUGACACUUUUUCUUUUAUUCGAUGAAAAUCAAUUUUGGUAGUCAGUAUUAACAAAAUAACGCCAAGAUUUUACUUUAUUCAUCCUCUCAUUUUUAUCCUCAAGUUAAAAGAUGAAUUUUGAAAACGAAUGUGGCACCUAAACCCAAUUAGUGUCUAACACCCCUUCCCAAGCAUUGUUGCUUUGCUUAAAUCAUUCCCUUGAUGGAACUUAUAGGAAUUUGCCUUUGAUCAAAAAUUCAAAAGAGUUUUAUGAUGACCUAGUGAAUAUCAUAAAGCCCACCUACACUAUAUAUAUAAUUCUGUUAUAGCGCAAAUUUUUUGACUUUAUUUCAAGAUGGUACCAAAAUAUCAACACUAUCAAGCUGCCAACCAUUGAUUUGUGAAUGCCUUAACUGCCUGCAACAAAAGUUGCAGCCUGAAGCGUAUUUGAACUACCUAGAAUUACCAAUGAGGUAAUCGUGGCUAAUUGCCACAGAUACCGUGAAAUACAAAAAGUCCGAGUGCAUACCUCUGAUCUAUAUAUUCAAUUCAUAUCAUGCUCUCUGUGACCCACCUUUAAAUUUCCAGGAACUAAUUUUUGGAAUUCAAAACGUUUUAAGACAAAAAGAGAAAUGGCCAGUUAGAAACGUGACAAUUAAAUUUAGCAUUAAUCAAAUAGACCGAUGAAAAGUGAGCUCCUGUCUCUUAUCUGCAACUGGAUAGAAAGCUUGGUAAACCUGAUUGGCUCUCUAUAAACUCCAAAAAAUAAUUGCUUAAAUUUCCCAUUUUCAAAGUCAAAGUCACCAUGGAGCACAUUACUGAUUGGGAGGGGGGGGGUUAAAACGUUGUUGAUGGCUAAUAAUGCUAAAAACCACGAGCAGGGAGAUGUUUGCUCUCGUAGCUCCCAGUAGCCCUCCUCCCCGCUUCCGUGGUCCCUGAGUGGCAUCAAAACUCAAAACCUGUAAUAGUGCUAGUUUGGAUUUCGUUUGUUUUGCAACUUGUAAUCUUAGUUUUUUAACACCUUCGAUUGUUUACAAUUCCUUUUGUUAUCUAAUUGCACCUUUAGGUUCAUUAAUUAUUUCAUUUGGGAUUUUUGUAUCUUUAUUCAGUUUAUCUAAUUAAUCUUGGGAGUAGUAUCUUUUGUAAUCACUAUUAUUUUGUAAAUACCUAGCUAUGUGGUAUUUCAAUUAAUUCUUGUUUGGGUUAUAUUUUGGGCGUGUUAUUUUACAGAGUUAGUUAGCUUCAUGGUUCAGAGCUAUUAGGUUAAAGGUAAUGUGUCCAGCUAAAGCAAGCGACUCUGUGGGGGUUUUUAGAAACAUGUGAUUUUUCAUGUCUUCGCCCCAGCCACUACGGUCGUUUUGUUUAUCUAUACUGCUGCGAGGUUAGCUUUUCAUGUGAGCAGAUUUGCAUCGCAAGAAUACUAACCAAUCGCAAACCGUUAUUUUGAUGGGUGGCUUGACAAGUUGGGUAUACGCAGUGCUUUUAUAUGGACACAUUACCUUUAAGAUUUGUUAAUAUUAUGUAUGUUUAGGUUCUCGGCGACUAAUUAAUGUGGCAAGAUGCUGGUAAAAGAUCUUGUUGACACAAACUAUGGUUUUUUAUAGAAUACGUAUGGAUAUUUAUGGAAUCGCGCGUGACGAUUUGGAUUAUUAUGGAUUACUUGAUAUGUUUACGAGGACAGUACUUGUGAAAGACUGUGCCUGAUGUAACGAGAACGAAUCGACGUUACGGGACAACCGUAGAGAAACAUUGCUUGAUAAUAACCUAAUUCGCAGAACCAUCAUUUGAUCAGAAGAAAGACGUUGAAACAUUAUUUAUUUGUCUACCCUUAAAUUCUCAUGGAAGGACCAACUUGUCUCGACGGCAAUGAUAGGGUGGAUUCGUUUGGCAAAAACCCCUAUUACAAGCUACUCCAACCAUCAAUAAUCCUUGAACAAGACCUAUCCCAAAAACACUUUUCAAAUUUUUGUCAAAAUAAUAUUACAGAUCAUGUCAUAUUACUGUCUCAUAAUAUAACAUCAUGCCAUAUAUUAUUACAAGCGAUAUUAAGACUCGAAAGUUGUGUUAAAAAAGUGGCAAUAACAUAGAAUCCCUGAAGUGUAAUAUCAAGGAGUUUUCAUUUCUUCAACAGAUUGAUUAUGCUUCUAAUGAUACCAUAUUUAACAUUGUACCAGUUUAUUCUGGGUAGUCCUGAUAAUGAGUCCACAUCUCCCAGUCUGUAAUAUUGAAAUGAAGAUUCCAUUCAUCGUUUUCUGCAUUAUAUCAAAAAAUAGUUUUGCGUGUCAGUUCACCGUAAAACUUUUAAGGCUUACAACGCAUGCGCAAAUAUUAAACCCAUAACUAUCAACUUACUCAUUUUACAAAUUAAUAAGUACAAAGCUGUAUAAUUACCUUGAUGUGGUCCGGAGGUAUCUGGGUUAUCAUGACGCUAUAUGUAACUCCCAGGUGCUAUUCACUUGACCACUCCUUUUUCCACCUUGAAAAUAAAUAACAAAUGAUGAAGAGACCGCUGAAAACAUAUCUAUCUUGACUGUCACAUCUUUUUGUGCUUUAAUUUAUAAUAUGAUGGCCUGGAAAUUAAUAAAGAGUUGUUGAAUGAAUUUCAAGUGAAAUGGGCUCCAAAAUCGCGGAAAGCCACAAGAGGAUUUUUACAACCCCCCUCCCCCUCCCUAAAAGUGUAGUAGGAAUAUUCUCCUUUUCAGUAUUAACCUCGUUAUCAUGUUACUUAUGACGCGCUUAACUUAAGGAUAUAUAUUUCAGCACGAAGUUAGUUAUAGGACUUUUGAUUUCGAUGAUGAAGCAGAAAACAUAAA